UCUGGAUGGCUAAGGUAAUUCGUAAAGCGGGUCUUAUCAGCUGCAUGCUUAAGUCCUUUAUCUAAAUGGGCAGAUGGACUCUUCCACAGCCACAAGGUACCUUGGUACAAUAGAACAUUGAAGGGGGAAAAUGAGAAAUGUCGGGCUGUGCAGAGGCUUCAACAUUGACAACUGUAACAGGCUGUCAGACCAUUACAUAAGCGAUAAGCGUCAGGUGUGGCACCCCCCACUCAAAUUUCGUAGUUGUCGCUUCCGUCUCCACCAUAGGGUUUUUGCGCACAACCAAAAAUUCCCUGGACCUUCAAUCCCAUCGCAAAGUAUCCAUCAGCCUGUCGACUUCACAUCAAUCACGCCCACCCGCCCCCCGAACCAGUUCAACAUCUUGUCAACGUAACCAACCGCCAAGAUGCUGAUUCCGAAGGCUGACCGCAAGAAGAUCCACGAGUACCUCUUCCGAGAGGGCGUGCUGGUCGCGAAGAAGGACUUCAACCUUCCCAAGCACCCCGAUAUCGACACCAAGAACCUCUUCGUUGUUAAGGCUCUCCAGUCGCUCGACUCCCGCGGCUACGUCAAGACCCAAUUCUCCUGGCAAUACUACUACUACACCCUCACCCCCGAGGGUCUCGACUACCUCCGAGAAUGGCUUCACCUCCCCGCCGAGAUUGUCCCCGCUACACACAUUAAGCAGCAGCGAUCGCACGCUCCUCCCCGGGGAAUGAUGGGCGAGGGCGAGCGUGAGCGCCGACCGUUCGGCCGUGGCCGUGGUGGUGACCGUGGCGACCGUGGCGACCGUGAAGGUGGCUACCGAAGACGGGAUGCUGGUGAGGGCAAGGAGGGCGGUGCCCCUGGUGAAUUCAACCCUCAGUUCCGUGGUGGAUUCGGUCGUGGCCGUGGCGCUGCUCCCCCUUCGUAAGAAGGAAGAAGGUUCUACUAUUACUCUUGGAAAUCCCUUCGACGCACAUGGUGGCCGGGUAUGGACAUGUACUCUAGGGAAUGGAGCACCUGCAUAGUCUCGCUUCUCUGCACGUGAUAAGAAAACUCGUGGGAGGAACCUCGGAAGCACGGUUGGGAGUUAUUAGGAGGCUAAAUCCUCGGAAAUCAUCAAUGAAUUAUGGACAUGCUUUUUGCUGUGAAGAGACCAAAAAAAUAUUCCCCCCCAUUGAAACUUCUCGCUCGGAUCGGUGAAAUUCAAUGGACUUACGAGGAAAGACGUGCAGUGCAAGCCGAUACGAACUCUAGGAUUGGCAUGCAAACGGCUACAGGCUAUUAUGGAAGUGUAUAUUGUAUAUACCUUUCCAAGUUCCGCAAGGGAUAUAUGCCAUAGGUUGUAUUCAGAGCAUUCCCAUUGCCAGUUUCCGAUCAACUUUGGACGUAGAAAAAAAAAGAGGGAAUGUUAAUAUUGUUAAUGUUGCAUGCAAUGGUACCUAGGUAAUCUAGGGGAAUAGGAUUGUUUUUCAUAGGUGAUCCCGAGAGAAAGCUUCCAAUCCAAUGUGCCUCUUAUACGGA